AUGUCCGCGGAUACAUCAGAUCUCGCAAAGGUCGACUCCGCUAUUGGGGGAAUGGCCGGCUCACCAACCAAAGAUGCCAAAGAGACCAAGCGGCGAACCACGUCCAGUGCUCCCGGUGUUAUGAACAUCAACGAUCUCGAGAAGGAAGGUGUGAAUAUUUGUGUCGCCCCUGAGACGCAGAAGACUGGAUGGAAACUCAACACCUCCCCCAGUACUGUCGAAGACGCGUCCAUCCUGAAGAAGAUGCUCACGGAACCUCCUGUCAAGAAGAUCGACUUGCAUUUCCCCUUAGGUCUUGAGGUCACGGCGAGAAACCUGAAGGGAGUCACAAUCAAAGAUGCGUUAGAUGCCAUCCACAAACAAUUCAAGAAGAAGGCCGACGACGAGAUGGAAGAGCCAUACCUGAAAGGCUUCGAAUGGGAUCCUGAGGAAUCAUGGACACGAUUGAAGGUUCACACUCAGCGAGAAGGCGCCCCUCAGAGCAAGAAAUCCAAGAAGAAGAGUGGUGACGAAUAA